GAAAGACGGACCAGCAUUGGGAUCCAUUUUUUACUUUACCCCUUCGCAGAUGUGAAACCCUAGGUCUCGGUGGUGGUCAAUAGCGAAGUGGAGUGAAGCGCCGCGCCGCGCCGCCACCCAAAGCAAAGCAAGAAGAGAAAGCGUCGUGCUUGUGCCGCGACGGCCGGUGAGCCGCCAUGGCGCCCAAGCAGAACCAGAAGAAGGAGGAGCCCAUCUGGCGGCGCAAGCCUGUUCCGCCGGUCGACGGCGCAUUGCAGGCCCCCCAAGCCGCCCAGCCGCCCGUCCCCGUCCCAGAUCCGCCGCCUUCAUCGCCUGCAGUCACCGGUUCCUCAUCGGCCCACCGGAACCAGCCGCCGCCGUCGGGGACACAGCAUCGGUCGCAGCAGGGCCACUCGGGCCGCUCUCCUCGGGGCAGCUCACGCGGGGGGCGCUCCUUCCACCCGUACAUCAAGCGGUCGCGGUCGCGGACGCCAACCGCCGCCGGUCGACGGUGCAGCGAAGCCGCCGGUCGUCGGCGCAUUGCGGCCCCCCCAAGUGGCCCAGCCGACCGUCCACCCCGAUCCGCCGCCUUCAUCGCCGGCGGUCAUCGGUUCCUCAUCGGCCGGCCAAAACCUGCCGUCGCCGAUGUCUCCCUCUCCGGGAACACUGCAGCAGGGCAGCACGGGCCGCUCCUACCACCCACCCCCCUCGCGCGGUCGCGGAACCCAAGAAAUACCACCGGGCAGCUCCGCCUCACCACACCGCUCGCCGCCCCUUGCCCCUCUGCACAGAGCCGGGCAGCAUCAACAACAACAGCUCAGCAGCAAAAACAGCUUACUGGCAAACUCACUUCUAGAGAUCCUAAGAGGCUACAUACUCGACGGCGAAAAAUGCGCCCUUUACAAGGCAGAGGUUGCCUCACUGGCUAGACGAGGCUGUUCGGUUCUUACUGUCGACUUUGAGCACCUCCUUACCAAUAUUGAUCUCGCUCUCGCCAUUGGCAAUGACAAUGACAGCUCAUAUCAGUGGCUAAGAUCAGUGGUACGUGCCUUCUUCAAUGAGCAGUGCAAUGAGAUGAAGAACGAGCAGAGGAAGAAAUUUGUUGAGGGGGCUAGUGUUUCUUUCAGUAACAAGCCUAUAGAAGUUUUCCCACUGACAGAAGUCAAGGCAAAAAAAGAAGACCUUGUGAGGAUCAUUAAAAUCAUCCGUGGACAGGAAACAUGUAGAGCUGCAAGCACUUUUGGCACGGAAUUAUAUUUGGCCAUCUUGCUAUUUGUGCUUGGCAAGCACAGGGUUGGGCAAAGCUGGGAUGGCGACUUUGCCGAGCAGGACGUCUAUUUCUUCAGAUAUCUAGGCCGGCCGUUGGAGUGCCGCAUUCUGAAAAGCACAACGCCAAGUCCCGUGGCACUUUCUAAACGAGACAUCUUCAAUCUUGAGCAGUGCACACCCUUGGAGAGGAAGAACGAUUUUGGGACAGUGGACGUGCUCAUGACACCAAAUUAUGAGGAUGCAGAUGGCAAGUUGCCUGUCUUUCUUGAUGAAUUGCAUGAGGACUUGAAGGACGCACUGCCUUCAACUGUUGUCCAACAAUGGUUCAUUGGGAAUCUGGAAUUCAAUUUGGCUUUAAUGUCAUCCGCGGCAAGGAAGAUUCUGACGGUUGCCAUCAGUAAUCUAAUCAGAUCGCUCAAGUUGUCCUCCAACGAAGAUUAUCGCAGGAUAUUGACGGAACCACCAUAUCCGCGUGAUUGGCGUGUGAGGUUUCAAGAUGAUGAGGGUGUAAUGGGAGGCAUCUAUUGGUACGAGAAUGAAGAGAGAGAUAAAGAUAAGAAUCUAUACAAAAAUACUAUGGAAAGUGUGAUUGAGUAUGCAAAGAACACUCAUGACCACUGCCAUAAGUAUUUGGAGGGUGAAAAGCGGCUAGAUGAUUUUGAUGAAAGCGAGUUGCUCAUAGCUGUAAAGCUGCCCGGGGUGUUAGGAAAGCUAGUGAAAGAUCUCAUGAAGCUAAACUUGAUGGAGGACUUGCUGGCGGAAGUGAGGGCCAUCUAUUGUUCAUCCAGGUCAGCUCAAAAGGAGCCAGCAACGGCAAUGCUGUAUGUGCACGACGAGGUGCAUGGGACACAAAAUGAGACCACGGAACAAAGUGGAGAACGCUGACUGCGACAAGGUUGGCUGGAAGAGAGUGGGGUGACCUGACCUGACCUAACCUGACGGUGGGAGUUUGUAAAGCAUCUGCAGUUUAGUGUAGCAUUCUGGCGCCGGAGAGCAGUUGGAUGAUGGCUCUGAGCCUCGCUAUGUAUGUACUCCCUCCGUUCGGAAUUACUUGUCUCGGAAAUGGAUGUAUCUAGAACUAAAAUACGUCUAGAUACAUCCAUUUCUGCGACAAGUAAUUCCGAACGGAGGGAGUAACUUGGAGCGCUGUGGUGGUAUUUUUUGUCCACGGAUUAACUCGGAAGGAUUCUUGAAACCCAGUCGAAUGUGUUGUAGUGUACGUACUAGGUGAGAUCGAUGUUGGAACUUGCAUGGCUUGAGUGCCUGUAGCUCUAGUUUGGUAGCAGAGGGUAUGUCGUGUAGGGGAGACUGUGGUUGGAAUUUCUAUGCCUAUCUGGCGCGACCAUAAGUUGGAUUUGAAUUUGCGUGUUGGUUCAUUUUGUGAUUA